AUGCAAGUGGACCAUUUCGACCCGUAUACCCCAGGACAGCUCACUAAAAACUUUACGGCUACGGUAGCCGAUGAGAUCAGUGUGCCACGUGGCACUACAGUAAAAGCGCUCUACCGGGACGACCAAUGGAUUUAUGUUCAAGUUUCGGAUGGGCGGAAAGGAUUCGUUCCGCAGACGUAUUGCAAACUAUUGCAGAAGAGAGUCACGGUAGAGAAGAAAAAGGGAAUCUCUACGGCUACAUUGGACCGGAAAUGGGAAAAAUCGAAUCUUCAAAGAUUUAUCGACAGUCUUCCAGUGCAAAAGGAGGAGGGAGAGGUGUUCAAAAUGGACGAAAUCUGCGAAGCGCAAAUUUUCCGCCCAUUCGACUCGACGGCUCCAGAUGAUCUCUCCGUGAAGGAAGGUGACACCGUCACAAUUCUGAAUAUCUCGGAUCCCGAGUGGACAUAUGUCCGUAAUUCUGAAAAUCAGUCGGGUUUCGUUCCAUCGUCCCACUUGAAGAUUCCAGAAGACGUCACAAUGAAUCGCCCGAUUCGAGAGAAGUGGGAAAACGAGAAUCUGCUUGUCGUUGAGCCAUUCACCGGGCGGUCCCCACUCGAUUUGACCGUCCGUCCGGGGGAAUGGAUCCGUUGCACCAGCGGGAAACCAGUGGACGAUUGGCUGUGGGCAGUGAGGAUUGCAGAUGAGAAGCAGGGAUUCAUACCCAAUAAAGUCGUCAUUCUAGCGACCGAUCUAUAA